AUGUCUUCAGUAACACUUGCUGAUACACUCAAAAUCUCCAUAUUAGGGAAUGAAUCCAUUCAUUGUGGAUUUCAUUUAUUACCUUAUAUAUUCGAUACCAUCACAUCAAAAUUACCUUCAUCAGCAUAUGUCUUGAUAACGGAUACCAACUUAUCUGCUUUAUAUCUGGAUGACAUCAAAAAAGCUUUCAACGAUGCUACGGAGAAAGACUCAACGGGAGCUGCCAAAGCUAGAUUUCUGGUGUAUGAAGUAUCACCUGGAGAAACAGCUAAAUCAAGAAAAGUGAAAGAAGAAAUUGAAGAUUGGAUGUUAGAUGAAAAGCUUACUAGAGAUACUGUAGUUUUGGCUUUUGGUGGUGGUGUUAUUGGUGAUUUAACUGGUUUCGUAGCUGCUACUUUCAUGAGAGGAGUCAAAUUCGUCCAAAUCCCCACUACACUCCUUGCAAUGGUAGAUUCCGCUGUUGGAGGUAAAACCGCCAUUGAUACUUAUCACGGUAAAAACCUCAUUGGAGCGUUCUGGCAACCCAACUAUAUCUUUGUCGAUUUGGCUUUCUUGACUACACUCCCUCCCAGAGAGGUUUCCAAUGGUAUGGCUGAGGUCGUCAAGACCGCCGCAAUCUGGAAAGAUGAUGAUUUCGCGUUACUUGAAUCUCGAUCAUCGGAAAUAUCUCUCGCAGCUUCCACUCGACCUACCACGUCCUCUACUGCUGGUCGAUUCGCUUCUGAUCGAUCUCACGCUCAAGCUUUACUUCUCCGAGUAGUUUCAGGAUCCAUCUACGUCAAAGCUCAUAUCGUCACUAUCGAUGAGAGGGAGACAGGUUUACGAAAUCUGGUUAAUUUCGGUCAUACAAUUGGACAUGCAAUUGAAGCUGUACUUACACCAGCUAUGCUUCAUGGUGAAUGUGUCUCGGUUGGUAUCAUUCUCGAGGCUGAAGUAGCACGUCAACUUGGUGUUUUAAGUCAAGUCGCUGUCGGUAGAUUAACAAGAUGUCUUCAAGCUUAUGGUUUACCAAUCUCAUUAUCUGAUAGAAGAAUCACUUCUUUACCUGCUUCAAGUCAAUUAUCAGUUGACAGAUUAUUGGAUAUCAUGAGAAUCGAUAAGAAGAACUCUGGUCCAGCAAAGAAAAUCGUACUCCUGUCAAGAAUCGGUAAAACCUAUGAAGAAAAAGCUUCGGUGGUUGCUGAUGAAGUGAUUAGAAGAGUGUUAUGUGAAGCUGCCACUGUCAUUUCUGGAACCCCAACUAAAUCACCUAUCACAAUGGCUACUCCAGGCUCAAAAUCUAUCUCCAAUCGAGCUUUGGUGCUUGCUGCCCUUGCAACUGGAACUUGUAGAAUUAGAAAUCUCCUACACUCCGAUGAUACCGCUGUUAUGAUGAACGCUCUUGUUGAGCUCAAGGGCGCCGUUUUCUCGUGGGAGGAUGGAGGUGAUACGAUCGUCGUCGAGGGUGGAGGCGGUACCCUUUCCGCUCCAGCUAAGGGCAAAGAACUUUACCUUGGUAAUGCCGGUACAGCAUCUCGAUUCCUCACCACCGUUUGUGCAAUGGUCUCUGGCGCUGCGUCCCAAGAAAGGUCAACCAUCAUUACCGGUAACGCAAGAAUGAAACAACGACCUAUUGGUCCUCUUGUUGAUGCGCUUUCUGCCAACGGAGCGAAGAUCAGAUAUGUCGAAAACGCCGGUUGUCUUCCUCUUGAUAUCGAAACAGACGGAUUCAGAGGAGGUCACAUCAAACUCGCCGCUUCCGUGUCAAGUCAAUACGUCUCAUCAAUCCUUCUUUGUGCUCCCUACGCCGCUGAGGAAGUCACAUUGGAAUUGACUGGAGGUCAGGUCAUCUCUCAGCCUUACAUUGACAUGACAACUGCUAUGAUGGCUCAAUUCGGAAUUACCGUCCAGCGACAACAGGACGCGUCAGGUAAUCCUCUUGACGUCUAUGUCAUCCCGAAGGGAGUCUACACCAACCCUUCGGAUUACUCUGUCGAAUCUGACGCCUCCAGUGCAACUUAUCCUCUUGCUAUUGCCGCUAUCACCGGUACGACAUGUACCAUUUCUAACAUCGGUUCAUCAUCUCUUCAAGGUGAUGCAAGAUUCGCUAAAGAAGUCUUGGAGCCUAUGGGCUGUGUCGUUGAACAGACUCUUACUUCCACAAAAGUUACUGGACCUCCUGUUGGCCAACUUCGAGCAUUGGGAAAUGUGGAUAUGGAGCCAAUGACGGAUGCUUUCCUUACUGCUUCAGUACUUGCCGCUGUUGCGAACUUGCCCGCUCUUCCUGAGAGACAAGUACAGGGUCUUCCCCUUACCGCAUCAAGGAUCUACGGUAUUGCCAACCAAAGAGUAAAGGAAUGUAACCGAAUCAAAGCAAUGAGAGAUCAACUUGCCAAAUUUGGUGUGGAGACUGAUGAGUUCGAUGAUGGCAUCAUCGUCAUUGGAAAAGCAUCAUCUUCUCUCUCGAGAGGUGCCUCAGUACACUGUUACGAUGAUCAUCGAGUAGCCAUGGCUUUUAGUGUCCUAGCUUGUAUCAUCGAGAAGACCAUCAUCGAGGAAAAGAGAUGUGUCGAGAAGACGUGGCCUAAUUUCUGGGAUGAUCUGCAAAAUAAGAUCGGUAUUCCUGUCGAAGGAGUUGAACUUGAGAUUCACAACCAUGCUUCCACUUCUGCCAAGGCUGUCGUCCCCACAGAUCAAUCCCAAGCAGAUCAUCCAGUCUUCAUCAUCGGUAUGCGAGGCGCCGGUAAAACCUAUGUCGGUCGACUAGCAGCGGACAUCCUCGGAGGAGCUUUCACCGAUGCCGAUGAUGCCUUCUUUGAAGAAACCAAACUUUCAGUCGCUGACUACGUUGCUGCCAAUGACUGGGAAGACUUCCGACGAGUCGAGACCGAGAUAUUAGGUCGAUUCGUUCAAGAGAAGAAGGGAAACCAUGUUGUUGCAUUAGGAGGUGGUGUAGUUGAAACUGAAGUUGCUAGACAACUCCUUCAAUCCCAUGUCGCCAAAGGGGGCUUAGUGAUUCACGUCACAAGAGCUUUAGAGGAUAUCGAUAAUUUCCUAUCAUCGAUUGGGAAUACAGCCACGCGACCUAAUUGGGGUGAAUCAUUCGCCGACGUUUUCAAGAGGAGAGAACCGUGGUAUAACGCUUGUUCAAGUCAUGAAUUCUACAAUGUGCUUGAACCUGUUGGCGCUCAAUCUGCCCAAGAACACGAACAAGCUAUGAGAAAGGAAUGUGAAAGAUUCUUCAAGUUCAUCAAAGGAAUAAAUACCAACCGACCUCGAUUAUCACCUGAAAACCCAACUUCAUUCUUAUCUCUUACAUUUCCUGAUAUCGUUCCUGCCCUCAAUCAGCUUGAGGAAUUGACAGAAGGUGCAGACGCCAUCGAACUCCGAGUAGACCUUCUCAGCACCACAGGAGCAGCUCCUUCUACCCCUGGUCUUCCACCUCAAUCUUUCGUUGCUAAACAACUCGCUUCUCUUCGACUCGCCACGUCACUUCCUAUAGUCUUUUCUGUCAGAUCAAAAGAUCAAGGUGGUAUGGCUCCUUCAGACAAACCUGAACUCUACCAAUCAAUGGUGGAAUUGGGUAUUCGAUUAGCAUGCGAAUACGUUGAUCUCGAAGUGUGCUGGCCUACUGAACUACUUCAAAAAAUCACCAAAUUUAAAGGUCAGUCUCAUAUCAUCGCUUCAUGGCAUGAUUGGACAGGUUCAAUGGCAUGGGACAAACAAGGUGUACGAUCAAAAUAUUCUUUCUGUUCGAAAUACGGUGAUGUCGCUAAGAUUGUUGGUACUGCCAAGACAUUCCUUGAUAAUUCCAAACUAUCCCUUUUCGUUGAGGAAGUCACAUCUCAACCUGGUUCCAAACCAUUAUUAGCUAUAAACAUGGGAUCCGCAGGACAACUUUCACGAGCUUUAAAUCCUAUUUUAACACCUAUCACUCAUUCGUUGUUACCUUCAAGAGCCGCACCAGGUCAAUUAACAAUCAAAGAGGUAGUACAACUCCGAUCUUUGACUGGACUUUUACCCAAGAAACAAUUCCACUUAUUUGGAAGUCCAAUCAGUCAUUCAGUUUCGCCAACACUCCAUAAUACUGGAUUCGAAACUAUUGGUUUACCUCAUCAAUAUGGUUUAUAUGAAUCUGAGACUAUUGACCAAGGGUUAUUGGACAUCGUCAAGUCAAAGUCAGUCAGCUUCGGUGGAGCAAGUGUGACAAUCCCUUUAAAACUUGAUAUCAUCCCUCAUCUAGAUUCAGUUUCUGAAGACGUCAAAAUAAUUGGAGCAGUAAACACCAUCGUACCUCAAUCAAAUGGGAAACUACAUGGUGAAAACACCGACUGGAAAGCAAUUCAUCAAGCUGCCAAAAUCAAUCUUACUUCAACACUCAAAUCGACUGAUUCAGCUUUAGUUAUUGGCGCAGGUGGAACUUGUAGAGCAGCGAUUUAUGCUUCUUACAAACUCGGUUUGAAGACAAUUUAUCUUUUCAACAGGACUUUGGCAAACGCUCAAAAAGUCAAGGAUUCUUUCCCUGCAGCGUACAAUAUCGUUAUCAUAGACUCAUUAGACCAAUUCGCCGAGUCACCUAAAAUCGUCAUCUCAACCGUUCCCGGAACCUCUUUAACUCUUUCGAGAUCCCAAGAAGGGAUCUACCUCGACGAGAAAAUCCUGAGUAGUGAUGAAGGUGUAGCUAUUGAUUUAGCUUACAAACCGCAUGAAACAGCUUUGUUACAACUUGCAAAUAAGACAAAAGGAUGGAAAUCAAUUCCUGGAAUCGAAAUUUUGGUUUUGCAGGGUUUCGUUCAGUUCAAACUUUGGACAGGUAAAGUAGCUCCUGAAAAGAAAAUCAGAAAAGCUGUUCUGGAUAAAUACUUUGCUUGA